UACUACAUCCGGUUUGUCGGAAUAGUGAUUGUUUUUCUUGCCUCGAAUUUGUUAAAUAAAACUAAAUUGCCGAAAUGGAUAAAGAACAAUUUGACAAUUUUCUUGGUGGCUCGCAAGAAUUGCCACAUGAGGCGAAUAUUCUUAAAAUUGCUUCGGCAAGAGCCAAUGAAAUCGCCGCUAUGACUAAUUCACUCGAAAAUCCUCAACAAACAAAGUUAAUUUUCCAAAAACUUCCACGUCACAUGCGUAGACGGAUAAUGUCGCACAAUGUCAAGCGAAUGCCUCAACGAUUACGGGAAUCUCAUCAUAAUCAAAUGUUAAAAUCGGGAUUGCCACCGGAAAAAAAUAAAGUCCCAUCUAGAAAACAUCGUCGACGACCACGAAACCUUCUACUUGAAUACAAUCGCCGCAAACGAGACAAAUUUUGGCUUGAGACUCAUAUUUGGCAUGCAAAACGAUUUAAUAUGAUGGAAAAAUGGGGAUUUAAAUUAGCCGAACAUCCAAACGAUAAAUGUUUUAAAGCAAAUUAUAGAGCAAUAGCAGCUCAUUCGUUAAUUCAAGAUAUUUCUUAUUACACCUGCGUGGAAAUUUCAGGAUCUUCAAAAAUUUUAAUAUCAUCCCUUCAGGAACAUUGCGAUCCAUCUUUUAAUUUUCAGCAGGAGUCAUUUCUUAAAGGCGAGAAAGAAGGAUCCAUUAUGUUUUACAAAAAAGGCGGUUUUCCUCAUUCUCCUCUAGGAAAUAUAAAUUUUAUGUGGAAGUCGGAAAAUUUGAAUUCGAAUGAAUGUGCAAGUUUUCGUUCGAUUUGGCUUUGGAUUCACCCGGGAAAUUAUCAGGAAAUAUUUUACGAUCUUGUUUCCAAUUUUGGAUUUGAGUUGAAAUCUCCUGUUGACUGUAUGGAGGUUUUUGAAAAAGAAGACUUUAACGAUGUUAAAAAAAUGCCCUCGGCUUUUAAAAUACUGAAAGAAAUGAAACUGACAGUUUUUAGAAAUGAAAGGGAAUGUGAGAUGACAAUACUUAGAAACUCAUUAAAUCGGUUCCGAAUUAGUGGACCGCUGACUUUAUGUGCUUUAACGGAUGCUUUAAAAUUUCCAAAAAUCGACGUGGAAUCAAAUGUUGAAGCUUUCGAUAAAGUAAUGGACGAAAAUGAAGAAACAAUGUUGACGCGUCAAGAAAAUGAUUGGUAUCCUUCUUUCUAUUCAAAGCCGGAAAAUGUAGAAGCUUUCAAGUGUCAAAAAAACUUAUUCGAAAAGCUGAAAACUCUCAAGUCUACGAACCAAAUUCCCGACAAUUCAAUAAUUGCUUUAACAGUUUUGGAUCCGCGAUUUUUUGCCCCAGAGAAAAGAACCAAACCGGAUCCUAAAAUAGAAACUGAAGAUUUAUAUUUGGAGGAGGAAAAAAAUGUACUUCCUGAUUUUGUAAAUCACAGUGGCAUUUGGGACAUGGAAAUUAGAACUAAUGUGACAAAGAAUUGCUUAGCGACGAGUCAAAUCAAUAAAAUGCGACGACAAGUUUUGGUUCCGGGAAUGGAAAAUGAUGAAUGGUUUGACGAGGACAAAAUUCAAAAGAUUCCAAUUCUUUUGAUUCAUAAACCCGGAAUUCGAAGACCUGGCGGUGUUACCCACAGGAGAAAUGGAUUUGCUUCUGGAUUCGAUGUCAUUAUACCGGAAAAUUGGGCCUUGUCAUUUUGGCUAUCAUUUAUUUUCCGUUGCGUUCGACCCGGAGGACUCAGGGAAUCUCGAUCCAUGAUUUUUGAGACACUAAAUAUGUCGUCACCGGAUAUUUUUCAUCCUGGAUCACCAGCCUACGAACGUGAAGCAAUCCAUCAACGGCAAAUACUCAAAGAAGAUUAUUUUAAACAUCCACCAAAUCGACGAGUGAAUUUCACAAAAUUUGCAAUUACCACACCUUUUUUUUGCGAAUGGGGUAUUCUGACAAAAGAAUGGGGAGCUCAGGGUGAAUUUUUCACUCUUAGAAACAAAGCACUACUGGAAAAUCUCGACGAAAAUCUUACGCGAAGGAAAAGUAAGUCAUUUUUAAAGACGGAUACAUCUUUGAAUGUUGAGCCAUUUUCUUCUGAAUUAGAUAAAAAUUAUUUGGUGCCAAUUAAAGUGACAAUCGAACGAAAAGGAGUACCGGAAAAUUUUUCCAUAAUUUGUUUGCCGACUGAGGAUGAUUUGAAAACAUUCAAGAAAAAUCGGAAAUGGUCGGGACCUGUCGAAAGUCUUAAAUCUGACGCAAAUGAAAAAGAGAGAUUGAACUCGAGGAAGAAACACUUGGAACUGUUGAAAAAGUUGAGAAAGCAAAGAGUGAGAAUGAAAAAAAAACUCGAGAGUGUGAGAAAUGAAAGUGAUAAAAGUGAUGAAAAUGAUGAUGGAUUUCUAAAUGAAAUUAAAAUGAUUAGGAAAAAAUGUUUAAAUGGUAAUAAGACCAUUAUUGAGACUCAGGCACGAAAAAUGGAAGAACUUUGUAUACCAAAAUGUAGUCGUGUAAGAUUUUCCUGUGAUCGAGAAGUUAUGGGAUUCGUUGAGCAGGGCGGAUUUUGUCUCUCGGAAGCAAGAGGCGUUGGUCGAGGUUACAUUGUUUUAGAAGCUUUAAAAAAUUUAAUUUGUCAAAAAAGAAAUCUUGUUCUAAUUCGAAACACACAGUCGAGAAAAUACAGAUUUGCGAAUCUCGAAGUUCUAAUCACCUGAAAAUGUGAAAUUUUUGUCAUUAGAAAUAAAAUAAAUUUUUAAAAAUAAGAAAAAA